UUUGGAGGCCAUCGCUAUUAGGUUGUUUGCCGCCACAAGAUUCGCCCUAGCAGCAGUGGAUGGAGAUGGUUGAGCCAUCGGACGUUCAUCCCAACCAGGUACGCUUCAUUGAGCGCGACCAUACUUCGCGUCAAAGCACAGGACGCAUCCUUUUGCGGCGGCUGCACGCACGAACUUCAGGGUGGUCAUCGUUUUGGGCAGAUCCUUUCCACUCGGUCAUACACCACAGCACCAUCAAGAUCAUCGCUUUCUUUUGUGCCAGUUACCUCUUCACUCAUUUGGUGUUUUCACUGAUCUACUAUAUGAUUGAUGCUUCCUGCCAACUGCAGAUCGAGUCAUUGCUUGAUGCAAUGUAUUUGAGCCUGGAGGUUGGCACGACCAUUGGAUGGGGGUUGCCUGGGUCACCUUACCUCAAAGCUGCUGGGGCCAGGGGCGGAUGUGUGACGGGUAUUUUCAUCAUUUACUUGCAUACGCUCGUGAUGCAGAUACAAAAUGCCAUCAUGAUCGGCCUCAUGUUCUGCCGACUGUCUCGAGGGACCAGCCGUGCCGCAUCCUUGAUUUUCACGGACAAAGCGGUCAUCAGAGAGAUGGAUGAUGGAAAGUUCUAUUUCAUGUUCCAGGUUGAAACAACAAGCACAGAUUUCUUGUGCUGAAUGGGCUGAAUGCUUCAUCAGCCCCCUGCAACACACCUCCUUUAGCAGGGUGUGCGAGCAGAGGAAGCAUCAACUUGUGGAGGCUAAAGUUCGCUGCUAUGCCCUCUCCACCACCUUGCUGGCACAUACCCCAAAUGGUGCCGCCAGCUGCAAGGGUUCUGAAUCUUUACGACAUGCUUCAUGCUGUCCAUUGCAUGUGGGGCGCGGCUUCAGCGUGUGGAUCGCUUUGCAAUUCAAAAACAUUUGCCUUCUCAGGAGGCUUGACAGUUUGAUGCUGAAUGGUGGCUCAUGUGUGGACUCAACUCAAUGCCAG